UUCCACCAACCAUUGACCAUACCACACACUGUACACGUUGUAAAAUUGAGAGUAGACAUCUCAAUUGCAAACUUCAUUGCAUCUCAUGAUCUCGGAUGUUAUGUUUAUUAACUGUAAAUUAUCAAGUUUUAAAGUAUGCUUAAAAUAUCUCUCAUUUCAUGCAUUUCAGAACAAGGUAUUGAUGAAGAAGUUGCAAUUUUGUUAGACGACGUCACCCUAAGGGAGCUAGUGCCAAGGAUAGGAAUUCGGCUGAAACUCAAACAACUAAUCUCAUUACAUUUACAGGUAAGCCUGUAGACUGUUUAUACUAUGGAAACCAGUAGUCAUCAUUUUACCUGUUUUGUUUGUUCCAAUACUUUUCAAGGACUUCAACCCCUUUUUUAUCAUUUGCGGACAGACCAUGCGAUAGUAUAUUCGAGUGAUUAUUUUGCCUGUGCUGAAGAUGGAUGUCAGCGGACAUUUAGUACCCAUUGGCCGUAUAAAAGACAUCUACUUAAGCAUGUUCUUUCACUUGACACUGCAAGCCAUGAUGUUGGUGAAUGCCCAAUGGAGGUUUCCCCCUUAGACAAUACCGUUGAUGAUGAAGUGUCAGAUGGAGAUGAUCCAGGAGAAAGCAUUCAUGGUUAUGAGCAAAACACACCCCAGCCUCAGAGUAGAAGUGAAUCUGUUACGGUCGACCUUCAUGUCAUUGCUGCCAAUUUUGUUAGUAAAAUGAAAGCCAAAUCAAAUGUCCCAUUAUCCUCUUUACAAAAUAUUAUUGAAUGUACCUCAGAGAUGUUCAGUGAGAUCGUUGGAAUGCUAGAGAAUGAAACGCUGCGUGUGAUGGAGGAGACUGGUGUAGAAUUGGAAGGUGAAAAAGUUCAACAUCUGAAGAAGAUUUUCAAAGACUCUUGUUCUCCAUUCGCGGGUUUUGAAAGUCAAUAUAAGCAGGAAAAAUAUUUCGCAGAUAAAGGUACGUACAUUCCCCCUGUAUCAAUUCCACUUGGUGUAGCCUUCAAUCCAAAGCGUGAUGCAGCCACUGGAGGUGUUCGACAAAGCCAGACACACGAUAGUUUCCAGUACAUACCAAUCAAAGAUGUUUUACGUGCUGUCCUCAACCAAGAUGGUGUGCUUGAUAGCAUAGAGCAGUACAGGUCAGCAACAGCUGAUGAUGACCUGAAGGACUUCAAGGACGGGGAGUUCUACAAGUUCUACAAGUGUCAUCCAUGCCUCGGCCAUCAGGACUGCGUGAACAUUCUUUUGUACUUUGACGAGCUCGAGACGACUAAUCCAUUACGAGGAAACGGGACUCAUAAAUUGGGAAUGUUUUACUUCAUUAUAAAGAAUUUCCACCCUGCAUACCUAUCAUGUUUAGAUAAUAUAUUUCUGUUGGCUGUUGCCCGAUCUGAGGACAUCAAACACUAUGGCAUAGAUGCUAUUGUUGACCAUAUACUACCAGACCUGAAGAGCCUUGAGUUGGAAGGACUUACAGUUCAGAAUGGUGAUGACACCUCAUCAACUCUGAAAGUUCGAAUUGCCCUCGGACAGACGACUGGGGACAAUCUUGGACUCCACACACUUUUUGGUUUUGCUGAAAGCUUCACUGCAAAUUUUCCAUGCCGUUAUUGCAGCAUGCAUAGAGAUGCCGCCCAUACUGCCACCAGGGAAGAGAGUGAAUUGCGCCGCACACGGGCCUCAUAUGAUGAAGAUGUCGCAACCAACAAUGUUUCUGAGACGGGGAUAAAGAGAAACUGCCCUCUUAAUACUCUCAGCAGUUUCCAUGUUGUUGACAACUAUGUGUUUGAUAUAAUGCAUGAUUUGUUGGAAGGAGUCUGCUUGAUUGAGGUCAAAUUGGUUCUGAAAUCUUGGAUUGACCAAGGCCGCAUCACUCUCGAUACAAUCAACACUAGAUUGACUAGUUUUGACUACGGAUUUUGUGAGGAUAAGAACAAGCCAAAUAUCAUCACAGAUAAUUCAUUAAAAAAAACCAUGAAUGCCACUGGACAAAAGGCAGUGCAAACCGCCUUCCUCAUCAGACACCUCCCCAUUCUGGUUGGGGACAUAAUUCCAGAGAAUGAUGAACAUCUUGAACUGAUUCUCCGUCUUCUCCGCUGCAUGGACAUCAUCUUUUCUCCUCAAAUUGCCAAAGGAGAAACUGACUUGCUUGGUCAACUUAUCCAAGAUCACCAUGAACAUUAUCUGUCAAUCUUCCCUGAUAAGCAUCUCCUUCCCAAGCAUCAUCAUAUGCUACACUAUCCAUCAGCUAUAGAAGCAAUAGGACCCUUGAUCAGAUUCUCCAGUCUUCGAUUCGAAGCAAAGCACAAUUACUUCAAACAGAUAUCCCACAUAUGCUGUAAUUACAAGAACAUCUGCAAAACCAUGGCCCUACGUCAUCAGUUGACGUUGUCUGACCUUUGCUUCAAAGGAAAACUGUUAACACAGAAGCCUGUCAAAACUGGAAAGGGAUCUUUCCAGAAGGUAUCCAACUUCAGACCCAAUGCUGAUGUUAUCACUGAUGAAACUGGUGCACUGAUUGAUGAGGAACUGUUUGUAUCAAGCUCUGCAGAAUUCAAUGGUAUUGAAUAUCGCCCUGGUAUGAUGGUAGCCAUUGAUGUUGAUUCAGAUUGUGGCAAUGUCGUGUUUGGCGAGAUCAAAAAUGUCUUCAUUAGAGACCAUUUCCUGGUCUACCUCUUUGUGCAUGAGUGGGAGACCCUGUGGUUCGAUGACCACUUACAUGCGUAUGCACUCAAAGAACAUGCAGAGAGUCAGACUACUUGUAAAACUCAUUCGAAAAUCAUUUUCAUGUCAGUUGUUGAUUUAUUUCAUCUUUUUCAGAUUGAACAGGAUUAUGAUUGUUUAUUCGAAAAUGGUAGCCAACUCACCAAACUCUGGGAUGGCUUUUUUGGCAAACGGAUCAUUACAUAUGCCUCAGCUGAUGAAGAAAGUGUGGUGGCCCUCCAACUGUUGCCACACAUACUACCACCAAAGCCAAUAAAGUCAUCAAAUGUGGUACAUAGACCAUCAAACUUGGAAGCAGCCAAUGCUUUCAUCAGGUUCAAACAGGCAACAACAAACAUAGCAGCCUUCCUCGACACUGUAGAGGGAGAGGUCCAACCAUUCAUUCUAGCUCUUGGGGAUCGCCAUAAACCAACUCAAUCAUUUGUUAUUGUUGAGCGCAAUGCAGUGGAGCAGACAUCUCUGUUGAAAGCAGUUGACUGCUGCUUCAAGCUUUUCUUUGUUCUGGACAUCGCUUAUCCAGCAAGCUGUCACAUUGUUUGGGAGUUUCUGCAGGAUUUGGUUUACCAAGUGCCUGUCAGAAAGGGGCAAACAGCCAUCAGUAAGAAUGUGACGAGUUUAAGGAAUUAUUUCAAUGUUGCCAAGUAAAUAUGAUGUUGCAUCAAAUAAGCAACUGGUUUUUGAUCUGACCUACUUUUCAAGGUCACAGAGGUAAAUACACAAAACCACUCGAGUGGGAUUUCCGAGGUAUCGGACUACACCCCGAGUGAUGGUCUUUGGCUGGAAACCCCCGAGACUGCAGGAUGUGACGAGUUUAAGGAAUUAUUUCAAUGUUGACAAGUAAAUGUGAUGUUGCAUCAAAUAAGCAACUGGUUUUUGAUUUGACCUACUUUUCAAGGUCACAGAGGUCAAUAUGCGUUCUCGGGGGUUUCCAGCCAAAGACCAUCACUCGGGGUGUAGUCUGAUACCUCAGAAAUCCCACUCGAGUGGUUUUGUGUAUGUAAAUUUCUUUCGAUCAUUUUUAGUGAAAAUUUGGGCAAGAAGUUUGAUUUCGGCUGCAACACUGUUUCAACAAUGCAAGUCUGGAUUCGCACGUGUGGUAUCUGGUAUUUUUAUCUCAUGGCCGGACUGACCGCUGUUUCAGUCGGAUUUCCCCGGUCGUUUAUUGUCUUUGAAUAUGCAAUCACUGGCGUUGGGGCUAUCAUAAACCAUCAGUCGUGCUUCGAAAACAGUUGUGGGCUACAUUUGCGCCAAUUUCGGCUGGUUUUGUGGAAUAAUUAUGUUUUGAUACGACAAAACGUGACUUUGUGCACUGGAUUUCACUGACAUCGGGCAUGGGAUA